AAUCUGGCUCCCUUCAUGCAGGGAGCUGCCACUUCCACACCCCCACUCCCCUCCCAGCUGGGGGGCAGCCUGCCCCCUGGACCGGCCCUAGCAGCGCAGCGGCCGCCCCGUGUCUCCUGUGUCUCUCCAACCCCCAACUGGCUGAGGGCCCUGCCAUUCGGGCACACCCCCAUGGAUGGGGGGAGAGGAGCCCCAUUCCACAGAAGGGGAAACUGAGGCACUGAACGGGGAAGGGGCUUGCCUGGGCCUGGCUAGACCAAGCAGAACCCAGGGGCCCUGACUCCCGCCCAGCAUGGAGCCCGACCUCCUGCCCCUCGUCCUCACGGCUGAGCCCUGGGCCUUUAACCAGCAGGCCACGGAGCUGGGGCCGGGCGCCCCCAGCCAGGACCCCUGCAACCUCGAGCUGGAGCGUCGCUACCAGGCUGUGCCCGCCGCAAUCUGCGCCCUCUGCUGCCUCUUCGGGGUCAUCUACAGCUGCUUCGGUUACCGCUGCUUCAAAGCCAUCAUGUUCCUGUCGGGGCUUCUCUUCGGCUCCCUGGUCAUCUUCCUGCUGUGCUACAAGGAGCGAGUGCUGGAGACGCAGCUGAGCCUGGAAGUGAGCGCGGGCAUCGCGCUGGGCAUCGGCGCGCUGUGCGGGCUGGUCACCAUGCUGGUGCACAGCGUGGGGCUCUUCAUGACGGGGCUGCUGCUCGGGCUGCUGCUGGCCACAGCUGCCCUGGUGGCCACGGAGCCGCUCUACCAGCCGCAGAGCCUGUGGGUGCCCGUGGGCAGCCUGCUCGGGCUGGCGCUGCUCUGCGCUCUGCUGGCCCUGCGCUGGCAGAAGCCGCUCACCGUGCUGUCCACGGCCGUCUUCGGGGCCGCCGUCAUCGUGGGCUGCGUGGACUAUUUCGUGGAGCUGCUGGCCCUGCUGGGCCACGUCUACGACCGGCUGCGCCUGGCGCCCUCGCCCCCCCUCUGCUGGCACAGCUGGGCCGUCCUGGCGCUCUGGCCGGCCCUUAGCCUCCUGGGCCUCCUGCUGCAGUGGAAACUGACGGCCGAGGGCUACUCGCACACGGACGUGAUCAUCAGCCGGCGGCAGAAGCGGUUGCAGCUGCUGCGGAUCCGGCAGAAGGAGGCCAAGAAACGGCAGAGCCUCCCCCCGCAGGAGGGCAGCUACCGGCGCAAGCCCAACCCCGUCAAGCGCUACGCGGGCGACGUCCUGGCACCGAGCUACAUCCAGAGCCUGCGGGAUCGCCAGCUGGGCCCCAGCACCGCCGCCCACACCGUCCUCGACCUGGACUACGACUGCGGCUCCACCGUGCCCCUGACCGCCCCUGGGCCUGGCGGGCGCCUCUGACGGGGGCAGGGGCUUCACUACAUUCCACUUGUGCCUUAGGGGCAGAGGUGGCAGCGAUGGGGGGAGGGUGGGGAGACUGUUUUGCUGGUGACACUUCACCCCCCCUCACCCCCUGGCGCCCCCUCCCCAGCCCAGCAACUGCGCUUCCCAGGUAGGGUGGGCACCUCCUGCCCCUUUAAAUAUUCAAAGCAGCUGCCUUCCCCUGCCCCUAUUGGCCUGUCCAGAGGGGAGGCGGGGCUCCAGGGGAUACAGCUGGUUCCAUUCGACCUGCUCUCCAGUGUCAGGUUGGGGACCCUGCUCUGGGCCCCCCACAACGUCCAACCGCUCUCGUUCGGACUCCCCCGUUCCUCCUCCCCGGCACUGAGCCAUCGCUGGGGGGUUCUGCCUUGGGGCCCCGAGUUAAAGCUCUCCCCAGGCCGGGCGAGGCCCGUGGGGGCCCAGACGCUGUGCGGAGGGGCUGGCACGGAGCAUUCUGGGAUCUCAGCAGCCAUAACAGGCCGGGAGCCAGCAGCCGUCCCGGCCCGAGGCCCGUCAGCCAGCCCUGGGGGGCACAGGGCGCUCGCAGGCUCAGGGCGAGGGGAGGGCCUGCAAGGGGGGCGGGGAGACCCAGAUCCCCUGGCCUGUGAGGACGACAGCCAAGGCCCAGCCGGUCUAACGCUUCUAGCAGCACUUCCCUAAGCCGCCGGCUCCAGCAGCCCCCCCAUCUCAGCCCUGGCUCCCGAGGGGGCAGGGAGCCGGUCCCCUGUUUAUACGCUAUGUACUGUACGGGAGGGGGGGCAUAUUAAACUGCCUUACAGACCGGG